AUGGCAGAAUAUAAUUGGUGCUUCCCAGAACUGAAGGAUGAAGAUGUUCAGUCUUUGGAGGCAGACAAUCCUGACACAGCCCGCAAGAAGAUGAAGAUGAAGAAGGGUAAAAAGGUGACAGAGGGCUCGAAGAAGAUCUCGUGGACCUGGUGCGGCACCGAUGCCGAUGACGAGCUAAACUCCAGUGUCUGCGUCGAGUGGUUGAAAGCUCGAGCUAGGUUCUUACAGUGGCAUGAGGAACUUUUGCUACUACCUGAAGAGAUACGGUGGACCAUCAAAACUCACGUUUUCAAGGCUAAAUGGUGGGUCAGCCAGGCAGCCCUGCACACAGAUGUUGAUCUGGCUCUUCGAGAGGGUCUUAUUGCCUACGCAGCAAGGCAGGCAGCCAUUUGA